AUGUCGAGUGGAUCACCAAAUGCGAAGAGCGGCGCAGAUGAGCGCCACAAGAACUGGGAAUACGACGCGCCGGAGGGCGAUGGGGCGGAAUAUCUGGAGGCGGAGCCCUUCUCUGACUCCGCGCCGGUGCCGGAGAAGAAGAUUUCGCCCGUGAACGCCUCUGUCGACAAUGCUGACCCCUACGAUUUCGACAGCUGCAGCCCGCAGAACCGCGUGGCUCGCAUGGACGAGGAGCGCGCGAUACGCGUGAUGCGGCGCCGCACCGAAGUGAACGUCUUCCAGCGGUACUUCGGCUACGUCGUCCCCUACGGCGGCCUGCUGUCCUCGGGUAUUAACCUGGCCAGUUCCUGCAUCGGUGCCGGCAUCAUUGCCCUGCCCUCUGCCUUCAACGCCUCUGGGAUCAUCAUGGCGCUCAUCUACAUGGUGGUCAUCGCCUACCUCACCAUCUACUCCUACGUCUUGCUGGCCAUCGUCGCCAAGAAGACGGGGCUGCGCAACUACGAGCAGAUCGUCCGCACGCUGAUGGGCCCCGGUGCGGACUACUUCCUCGCCUUCUGCCUGUGGUUUAUGAGCUUCGGUGCGGAGGUGUCGUACGCGAUUUCCCUGAAGGACGUCCUCACCGCGUUUCUGGAAAACUCACCGUCCGCCCCGCACUUCCUCAGGACCCUCCCUGGUGAGCGUGUGAUGACCUUUGUGCUGUGGCUCGUCUUUAUGCUGCCGCUGUGCCUGCCGAAGGAGAUCAACACGCUGCGCUACUUCUCCUCUAUCGCCAUCGCGUUCGUCGUAUACUUUGCCAUUACGAUGGUGAUUCACAGCGGCAUGAACGGGCUGCAGGAGAAGCCGCGCCCGGAGAUUAUCUACUUCAACACCGGGAACACCGCCAUCGUCGGCCUCUCCACGUUCCUCUUCGCGUUCAUCUCGCAGCUGAACGCGAUGGAGGUGGCGGGCGAGAUGUACCAGUUCUCGGUGAAGCGCAUGAGCAUCGCGUCGACGAUUGGCGUGAUGAUCUGCUUUACGCUGUACUUCUUCGCCGGCGUCUUCGGCUACCUUGACUUCGGCCCCAAAGUCACCGGCUCCGCCUUGAAGAUGUACAACCCAAUCAAAGACAAGAUGAUGGGCGUCGGCUACGGGGGCCUGAUGCUGAAGCUGUGCGUCGGCUACGGCCUGCACAUGAUCCCGGUGCGGGAUGCCAUAUACCACGUCUUCCACACCGAUGUCCAUCACAUCUCCUGGUGGAAGAACGCGUGUGUGUGCGGUUCUAUGGCGUCGCUGUCGAUGAUCUGCAGCCUCUUCGUACCCAACAUCAACGUCGUCUUCGGUCUCGUCGGCGGCUUCUCGGGCGGCUUCAUCGGGUACAUCUACCCCGCUCUCAUGUACAUGUACUCGGGCAACUGGACCUUCUCCUCCGUUGGCUGGUUCCACUACGUCUCCACCUAUGUGCUGCUGAUUACCGGUGUGAUUGCUGUGGUGUGGGGCACCGCCGCUGCCAUUUACGGCGAGGUGAUGGCGCAUUGA